AUGAAGACCCCGUCUGCCGACUCUGCACGGGCACUGGUCCAGGCGGCCCUGUUAGCCCGCCUCUGCAACCGAUACCACGAUCUGGGCGCCUUUGCCUCCGAGCCCCUCCAACAGCGGAUUCAUUUCCUCGUCAAACCCGAUGCCUCCAACCUCAGGGACCUUCUCAUCUGGGACUUUCCUGCCUUUACCGCCACUGGCGCCGAUCCAACCACAACUACGGCUACGGCUACUACUAAUCCGACUACGCCUGCGUCAUGGACUCCCGUGCAGAUGCAAGACUUCAUUGACCAACAUUGGUCUGCAGACCAGCUCCCGCUCGACCCUCCCAGUUGUUUUUCCAGAUCUUGGGAAACCACCCCCGUCCUUGUCAAGGCCUUGGAUCCAGAAACUGUCCAGGCCAUAGUCCCCAUUGGUCAACAGGACGGCACCAUCUUAGUCAUCGUCUUGCUCGCUGAACUCGACAGGAACCAGAACUCGCCCGCCACGGAAUCGGUUUGGAAAUACCAUAACAUGGUCACCGUGCCAGCCCAGGUUGAUCUCCAGACACGGGGGUGGAAUCUUCUGACCGACCAGUCUCAGCUACCCAUUACAAUCGAGAAGCCUCCAGAGCAGGUUUCUUUUGAUUCUAAGGAGGAAUGUACUAAGGAGGAGGAAGAGGAGGAAGAUGAUGAAGAUGAUGACGAUGAUUAUUGGGGCCAGUACGGCGACGCAGCGGAUGAUUCCUCCGCAGAAGAGACCGUUGACCAGGAACAGGCCCCUAAGCGACCUUCAGACGCUACUAUCCCCAACGUAACCACGCAAGACGACGACGACGACGACGACGAUUACUGGAGAAAAUAUGCUGAGCGCCAAGAAGAGCACGAGAAACUCGAACGGAAAAGACAGCUACAGCUACAGCAACAGGAACAAGAACAGCAGCAACAGCAACAGCAACAGCAGCUACGAGACCACGACUCAACUGUUGAAGAGACAAUUGCCGCAACCCAUGAGCAGGACAUAAAAGCCGGCUUGCUACCCACAUCAUCCACCCCACUCGGCCAUGUUGAUCCAACCAUGCUCUCAUCCUUACUAGACAUGUUAAUCGAGAAAUCGGGACAGCUCCCGCCCGACAGUCCUUCCUUACCAACGGAAACCGUACCGUCGCAGGAGCAGCUGCAGGAUAUGAUGCCGGGCCACACGCGCAUCCCAGCCCACGCGUCCGUCGUCGUUACACCAAACACAGGCACGUCCUCGUUCUCUCGGGAUGAGAGCGCUCGUACCAGGGUCUUUCAAUCUUUACGAUCCGCCGCCCAGCAGGCUAUGCUCGCUGGACUCUCCAAGGACGAUGUCUUUGGUAUUCUUAGCAACGUAUAUGAUUCUUUCGAAUAA